AUAUGUUCUCACAUUUAUUUAUCCACGGUGGUGGAACUUUGCGCCGGCGUCUGUAGAAUUCGCGUUGCUGAGUGUUGCCAAACAUAAUCAGAUAAAUGACAAAUCCAUUUUCUUUUACCCCACCCAAGAACUAACAAAAGGCCUCGAUGAACAAAGCCAAAGAAGAAGGAAACACCACUUGACUUCACAGUUCACUCCUCUCUUCAAUUCCACUCGUAAUCAGACCCAAAUCAUGUUCGAUUCGAAAUUAUCUUUUCUAAUUUUACUUCUUCUACUACCCCUAUCAUCAUCAACGUCAUCGUCAUCUCCACAAGCAAUAGAGUCUUUGGUCAAACGGUUGGAUACCCAGAGACCAUCUCCAUUGUUACAAGAAUCUGCUGCUAAAGCUCUUCUCAAGAGACUGCUUCCUACCCAUUUGUCCAGUUUUCAGUUCAAGCUAAUCUCCAAGGAUGCUUGUGGUGGAUACAGCUGCUUUUGGAUAACGAAUUAUCAGAAUUCAAGCAACAAAUCUCCAGAGAUAACGAUUCAAGGGACAACAGCAGUUGAAAUUGCAUCUGGGCUCCAUUGGUACUUAAAGUAUUUGUGUGAUGCUCAUGUGUCAUGGGACAAGACAGGUGGCGUUCAAAUAGCUUCUAUCCCUCCUCCUGGAUCUUUGCCACCCGUAAAAGAACAUGGGAUUAUGAUUCAGCGUCCUGUUCCAUGGAACUACUACCAAAAUGUAGUCACUUCUAGCUAUUCCUAUGUUUGGUGGGAUUGGGAAAGAUGGGAGAAAGAAAUUGAUUGGAUGGCACUUCAAGGAAUUAAUCUGCCUCUUGCAUUUACAGGACAAGAAUCCAUUUGGCAGAAAGUUUUUAUGGAUUUUAAUAUUAGUGCACAAGAUUUAAACAAUUUCUUUGGUGGACCUGCUUUUCUUGCAUGGGCACGAAUGGGAAACUUGCAUGCAUGGGGUGGCCCAUUAUCUCAAAACUGGCUUGAUCAACAGUUGGUGUUACAAAAACAAAUAUUAUCUCGGAUGAUUGAGUUAGGCAUGACGCCAGUGCUCCCUUCAUUUUCUGGAAAUGUACCUGAGGCCUUAAGAGAGAUAUUCCCAUCUGCAAAUAUAACUAGGCUUGGAGAUUGGAACACUGUUGAUAAAAAUCCUAGGUGGUGUUGUACUUACCUUCUAGAUCCUUCUGAUCCUUUAUUUAUACAAAUUGGAGAGGCGUUCAUAAAAAAACAAAUCAAAGAAUAUGGCGAUGUGACAGACAUCUAUAACUGUGAUACAUUCAAUGAGAAUUCACCUCCAACAAGUGAUCCAGCAUAUAUAUCAUCUCUUGGAUCUGCUGUUUAUGAAGCAAUGUCAAAAGCAGACAAGAAUGCUGUAUGGCUUAUGCAGGGUUGGCUCUUCUAUUCAGACUCAUCAUUCUGGAAACCACCACAAAUGAAAGCGCUCUUGCAUUCGGUUCCAUUUGGGAAAAUGAUAGUUCUUGAUCUUUUUGCUGAUGUAAAACCCGUAUGGGAAUCAUCCUCUCAAUUCUAUGGCACCCCUUAUGUCUGGUGUAUGCUACAUAACUUUGGAGGGAACAUUGAGAUGUAUGGUGUAUUGGAUACACUUGCAUCGGGUCCUAUUGUUGCACGUGUCAGUGAUAACUCAACUAUGGUUGGUGUGGGGAUGUGUAUGGAAGGAAUAGAACACAAUCCUGUUGUUUAUGAGUUGAUGCCUGAAAUGGCAUUUCAAAAGAAUAAAGUUCAUGUGGAGGAAUGGUUGAAAGUCUAUUCUCGUAGACGUUAUGGCAAAACAGUAAAACAAGCUGAGGAAGCAUGGGAAAUUCUUCAUCGAUCAAUUUAUAAUUGUAGUGAUGGAAUUGCCGAUCACAACACAGAUUACAUUGUUAAGUUUCCCGAUUGGGACCCAUCUUUAGACAACUACUCAAGUUUCUCCAAACGAAGCCUCAUCACAACACAUAUCAACCAAAGACAUGUUUUAAGUGAAGUUAAGUCUACAUUGCCUCAACCACAUUUAUGGUACUCAAUUCACGAUUCCAUUAACGCAUUGAAGCUAUUCAUUGAAGCUGGGAAGGAUCUUUCUGGAAGCCUCACUUACAGGUAUGAUUUGGUUGAUCUAACACGACAAGUGUUGUCAAAGUUUGCAAAUCAAGUCUAUAUAGAUGCAAUCACUGCUUUUCAACAUAAGGAUGCGAAGGCUUUGAAGUUUCAUAGCCAAAAGUUUGAGGAAUUGAUCAUCGACAUUGAUGAACUUCUUGCUGCAGAUGAUAACUUUCUUCUUGGAACUUGGCUUGAGAGUGCAAAAAACUUAGCUUUAAACUCUCACGAGAAACAACAGUAUGAGUGGAAUGCAAGAACACAAGUCACAAUGUGGUAUGAUACAACAAGAACGAAUCAAAGCCAGCUUCAUGAUUAUGCAAACAAGUUUUGGAGUGGAUUAUUGGUUGAUUACUAUCUGCCACGAGCUUCGAUAUAUUUCAAACGAUUGUAUGAAAGCUUGAGAGAAAACAAAAAGUUUGAGGUGGUUGAAUGGAGAAAAGAAUGGAUUUCAUACUCAAAUAAAUGGCAACAAGGUACAAAGGUUUACCCUGUGAAAGCUGAAGGGGAUGCCCUAGAGAUUUCAAAGUUGCUUUUUAAGAAAUAUUUGGAGUAAAGUUUAUAAUUCUUCAUUAAUGAAAAACUGGAGACAAGUAGCUGGAAACUUAUUGUUCAGCUAGUUGAAGAAAAAGUGAGAGGGGUGAGUAAGUAAUUGUUUCAAAGUAUGUGGGUGGUUUUUGGCGGGUUUGGAAAUGAGUGGUGGUUUGUGAAAUUUUUUCGAAAUAGAGUCCUAUCUAUUCAUAGUGUGAAAUCCUCAUUUUCACGGCCAGGAAAGACCGAUGUGUUUAUGCUUUAUUUUGAAAAUCAGAGUAACCUUUUAAAGAAAAGUGUUGCGGAAUUUAUUCCUAG